GUGUGCAGGCAGGAAGAGAUGGCGGCCAGGGAGAUGCAGGUCUACGCAAAGGUCAACAGCAAGCUCAAGGGCCGUACCGCUGCCUCGCUCCUGGACCCCCUUCUGGACAUGGGCUUCCCGGCACACACGGCGCUGAAGGCCUUGGCAGCCACAGGAAGAAAGUCGGCGAAAGAGGCAGCCGAGUGGCUGCGCUGUCAUUGCAAUGACCCUUCUCUAGAUGACCCCAUCCCUCAGGAGUAUGCCCUCUUCCUCUGUCCCACGGGGUCCCUGCUGGAAAAGCUUCAAGAGUUCUGGAGAGAGAGCAAGCGCCAGUGCACAAAGAACAGAGCGCAUGAGGUCUUCCCUCACAUAACGCUCUGUGACUUCUUCACGUGUGAAGACCAGAAGGUGGAGUACUUGUAUGAGGCUCUAAAGAGAGCUGGAGACCGGAUGCUGGGCUCCUUCCCCUCAGUGGUCCCUCUGGUUCUUCAUUCUUCCAUCAGCUACCUUGGCUUCUUCGUGAGUGAGGGCCCUGCAGAUGUCAUCCGGGAAUUCGCCACGAUAUUCGCCACGGAGGCAGCUGUCUUAGCAGACUGCACCGUGAAGCCCUGUACCAAGCAGCUGCACCUGACACUGGCCCACAAGUUCUACCCCCACCACCAGAGGACUCUGGAGCAACUGGCCAGGGCAGUGAACCCGGGCCACAGCUGCCAAUGGACCGCAGCCCUGUACUCGCGGGACAUGCGCUUCGUGCACUACCAGACCCUGAGGGCCGUAUUUCAGUACAAACCCCAGAACGUGGACGAGCUGCCACUGAAUCUUGGCGACUACAUCUUCGUGGACCCCACUGAGCAGGAGGAAGCCAGCGAGGGCUGGGUCAUUGGGCUCUCUCAGCGGACCGGCUGCCGAGGCUUCCUGCCUGAGAACUACACGGAGCGAGCCAUCGAGUGUGACACCUGGGUGAAACACAGGACGUACACCUUCAGUCUGGCCGCAGACCUGAACUCCAGGAAGGACGGGGAAGCCAGCAGCAGACAGAACGGGGAUCUCCAUCCUCUGCCAAGGCCGCGGAGCGCCAGCAGCCUGCAGGCUUUACAGGCUGCCAUCGCGAGGCGAAGUGUGCUGGUGGUGCGCCACGGGGAGCGGGUGGACCAGGUCUUCGGGAAGUCCUGGCUGCAGCAGUGCUCCACGCCUGACGGGAAAUACUACCGGCCAGACCUGAACUUCCCCUGCAGCCUGCCCCGGCGGGGCAACGGCCUCAAAGGCUUUGAAAACGAUCCGCCAUUAUCGUCUUGUGGAAUUUUCCAAUCCAGAACUGCAGGAGAAGCACUACUGGACAGCGGCGCCCGGAUCACCUCCGUGUUCGCCUCCCCGGCCCUCCGCUGCGUGCAGACCGCCAAGCACAUCCUGGAAGAGCUCAAACUGGAGAAAAAAAUGAAGAUACGCGUGGAGCCCGGGAUCUUUGAAUGGACAAAAUGGGAGGCCGGCAGGUCCACCCCGACCCUCAUGACCCUGGAAGAGCUGAGAGAGGCGAACGUGAACGUCAGCACGGAGUACAGGCCCGCAUUCCCCUUCGACGCCCUCCUGCCAGCCGAGAGCUACGACGAGUUCGUGCGCAGGUGUGCGGUGAGCGUGGAACACAUGCUCAGCGGCUGCCCGCAGGACGCAGGCAUCGUCCUCAUAGUGGGCCACGGCUCGGCGCUGGACUCCUGCACGCGCCCGCUGCUCAGACUGCCGCCCAGAGACUGCACGGACUUCGCCCAGUUAGUGAGAAAGAUUCCUUCUCUGGGAAUGUGCUUCUGCGAAGAAAUCCGAGAGGAAGGAAAGUGGGAGCUGGCGGCCCCUCCUGUGAAGACACUGACCCACGGCUCCAACUCCGCGUUCGACUGGAGGAACUGGAUCCUGGGCAACUGAGAGCCGCUGUCCGGCGGCCAGGUCACUCGGCUCCGCACGAGGAGGCAAAACCCGCGCAGAGGCUGCGCAGUGCUGAGACUUGGCGCUCUCUUAGCCUCGCCGAAUGUGACUUGCAGAAGCACAAAAAGCACUUUCGGAGCCCAGGGAGCCUGCUGUCACUGUCCCUGUCACGUCCGUUGCCACCACCUGCAGAUCAGCAACCCCGAGGGCCCGGCUGCAGGCGCCACCUUGCCCCGUGUCUGUCACGUGGCUCGGAGGGAAAGGAGGACUGUGACCCUCAGUUCCAGGAAGCCAAGACCCACCACACCCACGCCAAAUAGGGUAUCUCCACUUGAUUUUCCAUGCCUUUAUCCGUCAGGUUCCCGGCCGUUUUUCCCUUCUCUAUUUUAAUCACUCUUUGGCUACGUCCACAUGAACAGAAAGAGGUAGGAUAGUCACUAAAACCAAAUGAGAAACUAUUUAUAAGAUCAAAACCAGGAAGCUGCUGCUUGGGGUCCACCCCCAGCCCCCGCCCAGCCCCGAAUUAGUUUUUGGUUGCUGCGGUGACAAACACCACACGGAGCGGUGGAGACAACACACAUUUUAAAACACACACACACAUACACACACACACACACACACACACACACACACACACUUCAUCCUGCUGCACUUCUGGAGGUCACAAGUUCUAAUCCAUGUCAGCAGGUCCAUGCCUUUCGAAGGUCCAAGGGCCAGUCAUUUCAUCCCCUUCUCCAGCUUCAAGAGGUGCCCCAGUCCUCGCCCCCUAGCACCUCCCUCCAGCUCCAAAGCCUGCGGUGUCCCCUCUUCAAACCUGUCUCGUCCCUCUGCUCCACCGGUCACGUUGCUUCCCACUUCUGACCUCCUGUCUCCCUUUUGUGAGGUCUGACGGCUUCUGGAAGUGGACAUCCUAUCACCAGGGACCCCUCCAUCUGCCCGUGACCUCAUCUCCUUGAUUCUCUCACCAGCUAAUCCAGGAUAAUCGCCCCAUAUCAAGAUCCUUAACUGAAUCCCAGGUGCAAAGGCCCUUCAGCCUUGGAGGGGAGCGUGCGCACGGGCAUGGGGUUCAGAUGUGGACAUCUCUGGGGCUGCCCUUGAGCACACACACCCCCAACCCAUCGGGGCUGCAGUCACUGGUGGGAGGGUCUGAGACACCCCCUAGUAGAGGUCUUUUUUAGCUUCUCCUCUCUGCUUCAAUCAAGUGGAGAGGGGAAGUGGGCUUUGCAAGUGGGGGGAGCAGGUCCUUCCCUGGCUAACAGGGGAGACAAACCAGAGAGGGACCCGCCAGCAAGGUGAGAUGUGCCCAGGUGGGUGUGAGUGAGAUGCGCACCUGACUCGGAGAGGUUAGUCCAGACGGUUUGGGGGGGGGGUUCCCAGUGGUGUCCUCCCACCCCAUCCCUGCUGAAGAGAAAGACUAGUCCACGCCAGGGCUCAGAGAUAGGACGUUGUUACCAUAGGAUGUGCCGCUCAUCCCUGUCACUCUGCUUGCUCUCCGGAUGGCCCAGUGCCACACCAACCUUACUAACCUCGAUGAUGAAUAAAAACUUGGCCAGUCAAGUUCAUGGACUGUGGGGUGGUCUAAAGAUGUCUGGAUUCACCCUCCGGGGGGUGAGGCUCCUGAGUCUCAUGCCCUUGGGUAACAAGAGGGGCAGAUAGUGACCCUUGUGAGAGACACCAAGGUGCACUUGGAUCUCGAUCUCAAGGUCAAAUGCACAGGAAACACCGUUUUGUCUAUAUUCUAUAAUCCUGGUCUGACAAGACACCCCCCUCCCCAUUCUGCUGCAGUGACAGAAGCGCCUCGUCUGGCCAUACUCAGCUGCCAGAAUGAACCCCACUGUAAGGACUGCAUCCUGGGGACAGUCCUGGGGAGGCAGGGCCGGAAGUGGACGCUGACCACUAUUUGGCUUUUAACUCUUGUGAACUAAUGGAUAACCAAAACUUAAAGGAAGGAAGGAAGAUCUCAGACCUCUCUCUUUUGUCUUUCCUGUGCCCACUGGUCCCUUGUAUUUAUGAGCCUAGUCUGACCCCUGCUGACGUCAUCUGGAAAUGGAUGCCCUGUUAUCAGGGACCCCCUUCUGACCUCAUGGCCUGGAUUCUCUCAUAGGGGGCCUUGAAAACACAGACCUGGAGAGAAACCCCUCAGGCUUUGCUUGCAUCCCCGCCCCCACACCGGGAAUGUUAAUGGUGGUCAUAUAUGGUGUGGUCUUCACGCCUCAGCACUUGGCUCUUUUGGAAGAUGGAAGGUGACGAAACUGGGAGGAGGAGCUGGCCUCAGGCUGGGUCACCAGGGAGCUGAGAAGCCUGACGCAGUGCCUCUGGCGGAAAAGGACGCAGGGACAGGCCUGGGGCCGCAGCCCCCUGGCCAGCGCUGUCCUGUGUUUAUCUGAGAAGAGUCCUCAUGACUUUCUCCUGCAGUAAGUCUUAUUUUGGAACCAAAUUUGAAAUGUCAUAGAUAUGAUUCACGUUGGUGAAUUUUAUGGGCCGAGUGGUAUGUGUGUGUCCCUCACCCAAAUUCAUACGUUGAAGUCCUAACCUCCAGCGUCUCAGAAUUUGCCAUUAAAGAGGUAAUUAGAGUAAAACGAGGUCACUGGGGUGGGUCCGGACUGGGGUGGGUCCGGAUCCUCUGUGGCUGCUGUCCUCAGGAGGAGAGAUUGGGACACGGACACGCAGGGAGGGACACCCAUGUGAGGACACGGGGUUUAUCCCGAGGCCUCUGCACACCAAGGAGGGAGGCCUCGGGAGGAAGCGCCCAGCCGAGACCUUGACCUUUCACUUCUGGCCUCCAGAAAGGCGAGCACAUGAGGA